UGAGAACAGAGAAAAGGUAGAAGUUUGUAUUUAUGUAUGUUUACAUGUGUCUUGUACUUUAGAUUGUUGUCACAUCUAAACAUUUCUCAUCAAAUUUCAAUAAGCGUUAAAAAAAAAACCUCAAUGCCAUCAACCAGCACCGAGUCUUUGACGUUUUAGCUCACUCUUUGUAUGUAACUUUCAUCAGCUGGAUAGUUGUGCCUCUUGUGACGUCAUCGAUCCGGAAACACAGAGAGCAAAACUGGUGGGCUUUUUUUUUUUUCUAAAUUGCCUUCUUAAAAACUUUGCAAUUAAAAAAAAAAUGUUGCCGAGCAAAUCCAUACUUUUGAGUCUUUCUGUUCGUGUGUCUGCAUAGGACCUGAGCCGAUCUGGGUCCAUCCGUGUGUUUACUACCAGCACAGCGACGCUUUAAAUGGCUCCAUCAUGCCUUGCGGGUACGGCGCCCCAGUUAAUUCACCAGUCGCGUCCCCGUCACUGAUGGGCACAGCAGCGGAUGCUGUAUCGGACAGCCUUCGUGUCGGAUGUCCGAAGAGGGGACGGACGGACUGGUGUUUACAUCCACACGACUUCACAGAGGAGGAAGCGGAGGAGGAGGAAGAGGAGGCUGCGCACCGUUAACUCCUGCAGGAGCGGAAAGGCACGGAUUGAACCCGGGAUCUCAACCUGCUUUACACGCCACAGGAAGCGGUGAAUUUUUACUCAGAAGAGGCACACCGAGGCUCCGGAGCACCGGGACGGCUUUUUUUUUUUCUUAAAAAAAAAAAAAAAAGCUCCGACAGGCGGUGAGCUGCGGCUCAAUGAGGGUGCGAGAAUAAGCCCAUAAGAGCUCCCCCUGGUGGAACGGAGGAAUGAGGGCCUCUGGAUGAAGGCCAUGGAGCUGAAAGUCUGGGUGGACGGCGUACAGCGCAUCGUGUGCGGGGUCACAGAGUUCACCACCUGCCAGGAAGUGGUCAUCGCUUUGGCACAAGCGAUCGGACGCACCGGCAGGUACACUUUGAUCGAGAAAUGGCGAGACACGGAGCGCCACCUGGCUCCGCACGAGAACCCCGUGGUGUCCCUCAACAAGUGGGGUCAGUAUGCCAGCGACGUGCAGCUCAUCCUCCAGCGGACCGGCCCCUCUGUCAGCGAGCGGCCCACCUCCGAAGGGCUGGCUCGGGUCCCGGAGCGGGGCCUCUACCGCCAGAGCCUGCCGCCUCUGGCCAAGCUGCGGCCCGCGGGGACGGACGGCUCGCUCAAACGUAGGGAACCCAAACGCAAGUCUCUGACCUUCACCGGGGGAGCCAGAGGACUGCGGGAAAUAUUUGGGAAAAGUAAAGAUACCGAAGCCAAACAGGCUCAGCAGCGGGGCGUCAGCCUGAACCUGAGCAGACUCGGAGGCGGUGGAACGGCAUCUGUACCUGGGAGUCCGGCCAGGGAGCUCAGCCAGCUGGUCCAGCUGCAGCGAGGCAAGCUGCAGGCCCUGGAGAGCCGUCUGCUGGGCUGCGAGGCCGAGCUGCGAGACUGGGAGGAGGCCAGCGACGAAGGAAAAGUGGAGGACGAGCUGCUGCUUCUGGAGCAGCAGGUGAGGAGGAACGACGGCGAGGUGGAGGAGGAGGAGUUCUGGCAGAACGAGCUCCAUAUCGAGCUGGAGAGCGAGCGGCAGCUGCGGCAGCAGCUCGUCGAGCUGCGGGGCCGCGUGCGCGACUGCGAAAGCAAACUUUCCGAGUACUUAGUGCACAUUCAGAGCAUGGAGACGGGCCUGGAGAAGGAACGACUGCAGCAGGAGGCUGAGCUCAAACUGAAGGUCAAGGAGGAAGAGGUGCAGGCCCAGCUGGAGAAGGUGAGGGCGGAGCUGGAAGCGCAGAGCCAACAAACGGCGCGGCUGGAAAGCAGCUGCAAGGCGUUGGAGCGCUCGCUUUGCCAGUCGGGCAAAAGACUCCAGGAGAAAGAGCAGGAGCUUGAGCAGCUAACGAAAGAGCUGCGGCAGGUCAACCUGCAGCAGUUCAUCCAGCAGACUGGCACCAAGGUCACGGUGCUGCCCGCCCAACCCGCAGGAGACGACAACGAUGUGGAGUGUGGCUCUCUGACACGGCUGGGCUCGUCGCGGCUGUUACCCAGCAAUCUCCGCGCUCUGCAGAGCAGGGUCUCCUCCGGUCUAAACCCAGAAGGCAUCUACGUCUGACUCCGCGUGGGCCGACGCAGGCAGCUGGGUGGCCUGGUGUUUCGGAUUCACUGGACAGCCAAGAAUCCUCGUCGGAAACAGCCAUUUUACCGUUACUGGGAGACAAACCGAAGUCGUGCUAACGUGCAACACCUGUGUCUGAACUCUGAGGCAUGAGUUGAGAUUUCCUCCUGUGCUGUUGCGUAAUGAGGUAACGAAAGCAAGCAAGCUACAAACCAGCAGAUCUUUACUUUAUGCUCGAAGCAGCUGCUUCGGACUGACUGUAAAAGACGGAGAAUUUCAGGAGUUUAGACUUAUGUAAGAGUAGAUGCAUGAGCAUGCACAUCUGUGCUAUAACCUUAGCCAUAUCUGAUUGCCUUACUCUGGUAAAAAAAACAACAACAAAAAAAACAACAACAUAUAAACAAAACCAGACAUGAAGAAAUAUGUUAAAGCAGAACUCAAGGUACCUUCUGAAUGCCAUAAAAAAAAAAAUUUAAAAAAAUCUAAAAUGCUUAGCAGCAAUCCAGGAGACUGCUGAUUGUACCUGAUGUCAGUUUGUUUUAAAAUCGAAUUUGGUGUUUUUUAUGUAUGGGUUUAGACUUUUAUAUUGAUUCAGUGGAUGUAGAGUAGCCUUAUACUCAAUUUUUAAAGUAUGAAGUAAAACAUCAAACUUAUAAUUAUACGUAGGAGGUGAAAACCAGAAUUUCUAGGCCUGCAGAGUACCAAAAGUAUCUCAAAUCAAUCGAACAAUCAAUGUCGACUAAAUAGCCACCAGGUGGCGACAAACACAAACUAUUCAGGCGAGUAAGAGUAAUUUGAAUGGAUGUCAUCUCUAGCUUACGUUGUUUUAUAAGUUUGUGUUCAUAUACAUACACUGGUCAUAUAAUUUUAUAUAAAUAUAUUUAAAAAAAAAAAAGCUUCAGCACUUUAGAUCUGAAUGUGUAAAAGUGCCACUAUAUAUUUUUUCUUCAUUUUAUUAACAGUUUAACAAAAUAAAGAUGUCUUAUUUGAACCAAAGCUAGUGCAAGAAAAUAAAUAGUUAGAUGAAUGUCAUUUUUAUAUAUGUAUAUAUAAAAAAUAUAGAGCAAUAUAUAUAUAGUUUGAGUGAAACACUAAUGACUUAAUUUUUUUUGUUGUCGCACAAAAAAUAGGAUUUUGUUGGGAAGUAAUGGAAAAAAUGAGAAAUGUGUAAAACUAUAUGUGUCUGUAGCGAAUCCAGUUCCACAAAAUUAAUAAAAAUCAAGCCAAUAAUUUUCUGAAACUGGAUUGAUAUGCGAAUAAUGCAUUCUUUAGAGUUCUGUGCCCCAGAUUGUGCAUUCAUUGAAACACUGCGUUGGGAUUUUGAUUUUACAGGAAGUAAUCAGGGAUCUGAUGAAAUAUUGUUGGACGAGAUCGGAGAAUAUAUUAAAAGUCUUCGUCGUGGUUUGAGACUCUUAUUUUGAAGUAAUAAAGGAAGCAGUUCUGAGCCUUUUGUGGUAAUCUUGGUUACAAACAUUAUGCUAACAUUAUGCUAACAUUAUGCUAACUGUUUAGUGACUAAUGAUGCAAAACUCUUGAUUUACCAAACAGUAUGGGAAGAAAGUAAAGCAAAAUAAAGUCUAUUAAACAUCGUAUUUUAACCACUGUAAGUUGAUAUAGCCACACUAACCACGAGCCACUAUUGAUGCUAAUAGUAACAUUUGCUAAAUUGAAGGUGCUAAAUUAAAGGGCUGUUUCACAUUUUUUUUAUGUCUCCGGGCUUCAUUUGAUCAUCUGUAGUCCAUUCUUGUAAUGAAACCACAGCAAUUCAAUUCAAGCCAAAAGUCAUUUUUAUUGCAGCAAUACUGUAAUAACUUGCCAAUAACAUAAGUUAUUACCAGACUGGGUACUUAAUAAAUAGUCAGAAGCGACAGUGUGACUGCGUGUCUCUUUACAUCUAAAUAACAUGCAAAUACGGUCAUACUCAAGAUAAUAUAACUAAUUUUAGCAAAUGAAUUCACCAAGUAAAACAUGCACACAUAUGUCUUCAUUUAGAUUUUGAGAGAGAGCUUUGAAUGUUGGCCACCAUUGAUGGAUGAAAUGAUAACUCAUAAAUCAAAGAUGCAAGUUUUGACGCACAAAAAUAUCUUUUACAUCCCAGAUCUAAAGGGCUUUGUCUAUAUUUUUGCAUUAAUGGUUAAAGUUGUUUCAUUUUUAAGGGAUUUUUUUUUUUAUUGCUACACCAAAAAAAAAAAAAAAAAGGAACAACCAGCCAAUAACGUCAUAACCUGUUGCAACAUUAGCAAGUUAUUAUGUUACCGGCCAAUUAUACGUUAUUGGUUGCUACAGUCCCUAUAAAUGCGGAUAUUUUUCACUGUGCUCGCUGUUUUAAUUUGAGUGUUAAAGUGGCAGGAGUGCACACAUCAGAGCGUAACACUUUUCAGCUCGGAAUCAGUAUUCAUCCGAGGCGACUCUGUUGUUUCAGAGCGCUUUUAAUUUGUGCAGCCAUAAAUCUUUUCUACUCAUCCACGAGAUUGAAAUUUCUUUGCAGUUUCUUUCAGAGUGAUAAACAACCUGGGCUUUUUUUUCUCUCUCUCUCUCUCUCUCUCUCUCUCUUCCUUUCUUUUUUUUUUCUCCAAUUACUCCAUUUGACAAGCUGGAAAUCCAACAUGAGCCUUUUGUAAAGACCCUCACACUUUGUGCUGUGAAUGCGUAACGGCGCGGAGAGGUCCACCUUUUGGCUUGUUUUGGAAGCCGGACAUUCACGUCCCCACUUGAGCUGAACCUUUCUGUAAUUGUUCAGCGACUGAAAAUGAUUGUUCGUGUCGCUGCAAAAGUCUCAGCUGGAGACUGCAACGAAAGGAAAGUUUUAAAUAAUGGCGUGAGGAAAAAAAAAAAAAGAAAAAUAUCGACGUACCACGUCAGGCUAUUUUUUUUUACAGUGGACUGAAGUCUUUUAUGCAGAGUGCCAGGCAAUAGAUUGUGUGUGAAUGCUAAUGUGUGGGGUUUUUUUUUGUAUUUGGACUCCCAAUUAAUCGCUACCAAGCAUUGGUUUUUAACAAAGGAUCGGCUCAGCAGAAAAAUGGCAAAAUCUCCUCAUUAUUUUCAUGCUUUUUUUUUUGUUUCCAUUUGACAACAAUAACGCUUCUGAAUGGAAAAGGAGAUUUGUGUUGCAUUGAAACAUAACAAAGUCAACCAUCGUCGCGUGGAUGUGUGUAUAUAUAUAUAUAUAUAUAUAAAUUUUUUUUCUUCCCACCUCCUUCCGAUUCAAGCUUAAAGACGUCGCCAAUAAUUGGCUUCUGUUGUGCCAUCCGAGGCGCUUCGCAGCAAGAGUGCAGCCCGCAAAUGAGAUGAUGGAGCCAUUAUGGAAGCGGCCAUCACGAGGUCUUAAAAGCUAUUUGAGAAACGCCGUGGCCCAGGGAUAUUUCAAGGCACAGAGUCGGCCAGACGAGAAACGGACGCAAAGUAAUUACGGAUAACUGCUUUUCACAACGUCUCGGUUCAUUUGACAAGUUAAAUCGAAUGUUUGCUCUCGUGGGGACUUCAAGAGUUUGACGAGUUGGUUGUUGCGUCGCUUCGCCGACAUGAUGCGAGUGAUUUAUUGUGCAGCGGAGAAGAUUUAGAGGAAGAGUGUUUCGGGGUUCCGGAAGUUCGCACGUGUUGUGCCUGAUGUGUGACGACGGAUGCGCCAACGUUUACAUGAACGGCAUGAUCGGGGGCUUUAGGGUUUAAAUGUGGGGUCUGUGGCGCAGUCCUGUUCUUGAAACAUCCAGCAGAUUGUUCAAAAAUGUUAAAUAGAUCCGCUAUUUUAAACAGCCGUAACUCUAGAUGUUAUAAUUUUGUAUUCUCUACCUGUUGUGUUUUUUCUAUUUCCCAGAGAUUGUCUAAUUUCCCUUUUAUGGUUGAGUUAUACAUAUUUUU